AUGUCUACCCCGACGAUUGUUGUGCUGAAAGAAGGAACGGACACGUCUCAGGGCCGUGGCCAGAUUGUUUCGAACAUCAACGCGUGUCUGGCUAUCCAGGACACGUUGAAGGCGACUCUUGGUCCUCUUGGAUCGGACAUUUUGAUUGUGAACAAUGGGCGGACCACGAUUUCCAACGACGGAGCCACGAUCCUGAAGCUUUUGGACGUGGUUCAUCCUGCUGCGAAGAUUCUUGUUGAUAUUUCGCGGUCGCAGGAUGCAGAGGUUGGUGACGGAACCACUUCUGUGACGCUCCUUGCGGCAGAGUUCUUGAAGGAGAGCAAACAGUUCAUCGAGGAGGGCAUGCCUUCGCAUGUGAUCACCAAGGCGUUCCGCAAGGCGUGCGAUCUUGUUUGCGACAAGAUUCUGGAAUUGCAGGUGGAAUUGGACACAGACCAUAGCGACGCUGAAAUGAGACAGUUACUCGAGAGAUGUGCACGCACAGCCAUGUCUUCCAAGAUUAUCCAGAACAACGCGGAGCUGUUCACCAAGAUGGCCGUUGACGCGGUGUUAGUGCUGGACAGAGACGAUUUGGACGAGAAUCUGAUCGGAAUCAAGAAAGUUCCUGGUGGCUCGAUGGACGAGUCGCGGUUGGUGAACGGAGUGGCUUUCAAAAAAGCGUUUUCGUAUGCCGGUUUCGAGCAGCAGCCCAAGAAGUUCACCGACCCAAAGGUGUUGUCGCUGAACGUGGAGCUGGAGCUGAAGGCCGAGAAGGACAACGCGGAGGUGAGAAUCGACAAGGUUGCAGAUUACCAGGAGAUUGUGGAUGCCGAGUGGAAGAUCAUCAUGAACAAGCUGGACGCGAUCGUGGCGACGGGGGCCAACAUUGUGCUUUCGAAGCUGCCGAUUGGCGACCUGGCCACGCAGUUUUUCGCCGACAGAGGCAUCUUUUGUGCGGGUAGAAUCCCAGCAGAGGACAUGGAGAGAGUGGUGCAGGCUGUUGGAGGUUCUGUGCAAACGACGGUCUCGGAUAUCAAGCCGGAGAACCUGGGCUCGUGUGCCAAGUUCGAGGAGGUGCAGAUUGGAGGAGAAAGAUACAACGUUUUUGAAGGGUGUCCAAAGGCCAAGACGUGUACGCUGAUUCUGCGUGGAGGAGCGGACCAGGUGAUUGCGGAGGUGGAGAGGUCUUUGCACGACGCGAUCAUGAUUGUAAAGCGGGCCUUGAAACACAACGCGGUGGUUGCUGGCGGAGGAGCCAUCGAGAUGGAACUGUCCAAGCACCUUAGAAACUACUCGAGACAGAUUGCCGGCAAGCAGCAGCUGAUCAUCGCAGCGUACGCCAAGGCGUUGGAGGUGAUUCCUAGACAGCUGUGCGAGAACGCUGGUUUGGACGGCACAGACCUGCUCAACAACCUGAGAGCCCAGCACUCCAAGGGAGAGGUCUGGUACGGGCUGGACUUUGAGGAAGAGACCAUCAGCAACAACUUUGACAAGUUUGUGUGGGAGCCGGCGCUGGUGAAGAUGAAUGCAUUGCAAAGUGCCACCGAGGCCGCCAUUUUGGUGCUGAGCGUGGACGAGACGAUCAGAAACGAGCCGAACGAGCCCCAAGCACAGCAGCCAAUGGGAAGAGGCAGAGGAAUACCCAGAUAG